CUAGCCAUGACAUCCCAUCCCAUCUCAUAUUACACCCUCUUUGCUACCUCCCUGCUGGUUUUCUCAGCCAUUUACUACCAUGUGGAAGCCACGGUGUACACGGUCGGCGGCGAGGAAGGAUGGACUUAUGGCCAGAACUACCUUACCUGGUCCCAGUCAAUCAACUUCACCGUCGGCGAUGUUCUAUAUUUCAGCUAUGUUAAGGGGCAGCACAACGUGUAUCAGGUGGUGGAGGAGGCGUAUCAGUCCUGCGACUGGAGGAAUGGCGUCAUAAAGAUCUACAACAGCGGUAACGAUCGCGUGAGCCUCACGAACGCGACGAGCUAUUAUUUCUUGUGCAAUAUCAAGGGGCACUGCAGAGGCGGCAUGAAAUUUGGCAUCAACGUUACGGAUGCGAGCACGAGCCCAGAUGGGGGCAGCAACGGAGGAGUCUCGCCGCCGCCACCGCCGCCGCCGCCUCUGCUGCUGCCGCCGCCGCCGCCGGCUGGGAGCAAUGAUGCGGCCGGAGGAGGGAACGGGUGGUGGAGGAGUUGGUGGUGCCCUGUGGUGUUUUGUCUUGUGGUUUCUUUUUAAUUUCUGGCGAGGGGAUGACAUGGUCUCAAUUGGUUUCAUUACCUCAUCAUGCAUUUUCUUGUCCAUUUGACUUGAGCCAUUAUGCUUGGUUAAUUAGCUUCUCUUUAAUGUAGUUUUUCGCUGGCCAUGACUUGGCACGCUAUGGUUUGGAUGGUUAGGUUAUCCAUGAGUGGUGUGGAAGUUUCUAAGUUCUUGUUAGAUGUGUCCACUCUCUAAAAAUAUAAAAAUUAAUUUUAAUUUAUUUAUGCUUGCUCGUUGCAGAGAUAAGCCAGCACGACAUUAUUACAAUUUUCAAAUAUUUUAUAUAAAUAAAUAAAUACACA